AUGAAUCCUGGAACUGCUGGAACAACAGAUGUUUACUACAAACAAAUCAUGGCACUCUCCAUGAAGGGUUAUCAAGUAAUUUCUGUUGAUAUUCCUCGUGUUUGGAACAAUCAAGAAUGGGUUCAAGCAUUUGAGAAGUUUUUAGAUGUUAUUGAUGUCCACCAUACAUCUUUAUGGAACAUCACCUGGUGGAUUUUAGCACUACUUUUUGCUCAACAUAGGCCAAGAAGAGUAAAGUCUUUGAUCCUUUCAAAUGCAUUUUUGGAUACAAAAUAUUUCUUAGCUGCAAUGCCUUGGGCCCGUGUGUUGAGACCUUGGGGGGAUUUGGCUUCCAGAUUGGCUUUAAUAAGUGAUGUUGCAUCAGUGGGACCUAUUCUUCUUUCGGAUUCUCUAAUCACUAUAAUGGAUCUAGAAGUGAAGAUGCUACUGAUAUUAUCAUAG